AUGACCCUGAUUGGGGCGGUGCAUCUGGGAGCGGUAGUUGCCUGCUUGGUGGUGUUGAUACCGGUGGUGAAGGCUGGUUGGCCUUUGCGCCGAAACAAGAUUUUUUUUGCACUGGUGUUUUCUAUUUGCGUCCAUCCCAGCGUCUCUCUUCAACGUUUCAACGCCACCCACAACGUGUCUUCGUCUAUCGAUUUAUACGACAAGCGCUGGGAUUGGUCCAAAUCCCACAAGCUCAACACUUAUGACUUUCAGAAGUUGUCUAAAUCCGAUGCCUCCGACUUGUUAAAUGGUUCCUGGGUGGUGGUCGCAGGGGAUUCCCAAGCACGAUGUUUCGCCCUCUCCUUGUUGAAUUUGAUUUUGGGUCCCCAAGCUCAGCGCAUGUACUCAGUUAUAAUUGAUUUGUUCAAAAGGCAGAGUGAUUACAACAUUUUUAUUGAUGAAAUUGGUGUGACAUUGGCUUUUAUUUAGGUGCCUUAUGUUGUGAAUUUAACCAAUUCCA